AUGGCCGCUGUCACGAAAAACCUCGCCUUCGGCAUCACGGCAUCCACCUCGUUCGAACCUCCCUUUUUGCUGGCGAAGCGGUUUUCGACGCUGGAUCAUUUGACCAAGGGACGGAUUGGUUGGAAUAUCGUCACGUCGUGGAAGAAGAGCGCGUUCAAGGCUAUUGGUCUUGAUAACCCCAUCGAGCAUGACCAGCGGUAUGAGCAAGCUGAUGAGUACUUGAGGGUGUUGUAUAAACUCUGGAACGCAUCCUGGACCCCCUCCGCCAUCCGCCUCAACCCCUCCUCAGACACUUACACCGACCCCUCGCAAGUCCGGCAAAUCAACCACCAAGGGAAAUACUUCUCCCUCUCAACCCCACACAUCGUGCCCCCCUCACCACAACGCACCCCCUUCCUCUUUCAGGCAGGCACAUCCUCCGCCGGCUCCGAGUUCGCCACCACGCACGCCGAAGCAGUCUUCGUAUCUUCCCAUUCUCCCUCCGUCUUAGCCCCCAAGGUCGCAAAACUCAGACAACUAGCAAAGGAGAAAGGCCGCGACCCAUCUUCCCUCAAAGUCUUCGCGACAUUCACGCCCAUCAUCGGGCGCACGGAGGAGGAAGCACAGGCCAAAUAUCAGGAAGCGAGGAAGAACGCGAGUAUCUUGUCGAUUCUGGAUAACUUUACUACCCCAUCGGAAGAAGUACCCCGAUGGACGCCGCGCGUGGUAGCGGAGCGCGCUGCCAUAGGUGGUCUGGGGCCGGUGGCCGUUGGGACGGCGGAAAAAGUGGCGGAUGAGAUGGAACGGUGGGUGAGGGAGGCGGAUGUUGAUGGGUUUAAUGUUGCGUAUGUGACUACGCCGGGGACUUUUGAGGAGGUUGUGGAUCUUCUUGUGCCGGAGCUGAGGAAAAGGGGGAUUUAUAAGGAGGAGGUAGAGGAGGAGGCGUGGACGGCGAGAGAGAAGGUUUAUGGAAGGGGACAGAAGGAGUUGAGGGAUGAUCAUGUGGGGAGGAAGUAUGAUUGGGAUGUGUAUGUGGAGGAGGAGCCUUAUAGGGCUGAAGAGGUGGCAACCAAACAGAAGGUGGAGGCGUGA